AAUUAAUCAAAUAAUUCAAUAAAAAAUAAAAUAAAACAAAACAUCUACUAAAAAUUUUUCCAAACUAAUUAGAAACAACAAACCAUCUCACAAAUGUUCCUCUCUCGCAGAAAUAACUUCUUUGACGAUAUUGAUAGAACUUUCGAUUCUUUCUUUGAUCAUGAUGAAUUUUUCUCUAACUUUACUAGUCACGAUGACUUUUUCUUGAGCAAGGAAGACUAAUUAAAGAAAUCUCUUUCUCAACUCCACAACUAUGAAAACAGAGUUCAUCAUCAAAUCAAAAGCCAUGAAAGUUCUAUCGAGCAAUUGAAGAAGUCUAUAGAAUAAAUUGAAUAGAAGAAGGCUGAGAUUAAUCAAAAGAUUGCCAAGAUUCAAGAAGAAAAGAAAAAUCAACCUCAAAUUUAGCAUCAAGACUAAACUAAUACUACUAGUGAUAGCAAGGUAUUCAAGAAAGUUCAUUACAAGACUCCUGAUAUGGAAAUCGAAGAACAAUACGAUAGCCACAAUCCUCAAAAUUGCUACAAAAUUAUCAGAAAGUAAGGAUAAGCUCCCCAAGUCUUAACUGGUGCCUAAGCCAACUAAAUUACUAAUGAACAAACUGAAAAGCUUGAAUCUCUUGGUGGUAACUUAGACACCAAGUUUGAAUAGCUUUGCAGACUUGCUGGAAAGACUUCCGCAGCUUUAAGAACUUUAGUCUUGGAAAACAAGGACUUGACUGUUGGCUAACUUUAUGAUUUAGCCACAGAAAGAAAGUUGGUUUGA